UCUUGGUCUUAGAUAACACUUAUGGCCACUAUGCGACAUCUUCCUUCUCUGCACACUUUCCCCGACCGAGCUGUGCCGUCAUGGACACGUUCCGCUUCCGUCUGAAUUGCAUCGACCACUAUCAGGCGGCGCCAACAGAUCUCGACCCGAUUCUAAGGCGCAGUGCAGGGCUGUCUGAUCGACAGGACGCGCCUCAAGUCCCAGUCAUCCGGGUAUUUGGCGCGACCGAAACCGGCCAGAAGGUAUGCGCCCAUAUUCACGGAGCAUUGCCCUAUCUGUAUUUGGAGUAUAAUGGAAGCUUGGAGAAAGAUGCCGUGAACCGAUAUGUACUUGCCCUCCGAGCUUCGAUCGACCACGCCCUCGCUGCGACCUACCGCCAAAAUGCAUACGACGCAAAGUCCGUCUACGCCGGCCACAUCUCGCUGGUUAAGGGAGUGCCCUUUUUCGGAUAUAAUGUUGGAUAUAAAGUUUUCUUGAAAGUCUACAUGCUCAACCCGAAGCACAUGACGCGACUUGCAGAUCUAUUAUACCAGGGUGCCAUCUUGAAUCGUCCGCUGCAGCCAUACGAGAGCCACAUGCAAUAUCUGCUGCAGUGGAUGUGCGAUUACAACUUGUACGGAUGCAGCUAUGUAGAUUGCGCCAAAGUCCAGUUCCGAGGUCCUGUCCCUGAUUGCGACGAGAUAGACCCGCUUCACAAAUGGCACGACGCGUCCAUUCCGGACACAUUUCUUGCAUCAGAGGACCAGUAUCCUCGUCAGAGCCACUGCACGCUUGAGGUCGAUGUUUGCAUUCAGGAUAUAUUGAACAGGCAUGAGUUGCGUUACCGACCUAUUCACCAUGAUUUCCUGGAACGUUCGAGUCAAACGCCUAGGAACGUUGACGAUAAGUAUGUCCCGUCCAUGGCUGACCUAUGGAGGGACGAAACGCGUCGUCGAAAGCUUCGCAUGGGUCUUUCCAACCCAUCCAGCAGUCCCUUUCCUACCGAUGUGCUCACACCCAUGGCUGCAGAUCUAAGAAAUACUCACCAAGCCGGGUGGAUACACGAGGAAGAGUACCGAGAGCUUGUAGCUGCGCUGAUUCAGGAAGAGAAGGGUCAGAAAGGUGAAAUCAAUUUCAAGACCUUUAUCAAGCCUGUCGAAGGUCUGGAGCACAUCAAGACUGCGGUGGAGAGUGUCGAAGAUCUGUAUCCGGAGAACCUUUCGGCCCAACAACUUCCCGAAGAGUAUCAGCAGCCAGUAACUAAUCUUGAUGCUCUCCCGGAGUUUUCAGCGGACGUGUUCCUAGCGGAUGACGAACAGCAAGUGGAUAUUCCUAUCGGGGAGGCAGACGACGACGAUGAGACCGAUCCGGAGAAGUCAUCAGAUACAGAGGAGCAGAUGUCUCAUGACCCUUUAACGAUAUCUCUACUGCAGAAAGAUGAUGAGACAUCCGAUGAGCCUGAUGAGGGGAUUGAUCUCAUUGAUCCCAACGACGAUGGCCACGUUGAGAAUUCAAGCCCAACGCACAACACACGCAAACGACCUCUCGAAACCAACGAAACCAACCUCGAAGAGUCCACCAAGAGGCAACGAAUUUUAGUUGCAACACAGACUGCGAAACGCGUAGCAUUUCGCGAGGCUAUCGCCAGCACGAACAACGAGUACGUGAGUGCUUCACAGAGAGGCACCGAAGACGAUCCACGGCGACCCAGCCAAUGUUCACAGGUGAGCAUCAAAGCUCAAGGAUUUGGAGGGCCUAGUACAUUGUCGUACCCCGUGGUAAAGAAUCCCAGCGCUCCAGAGACGCUACUCCGUCUAAGUCAGUCGGGAUACUCAAACUCUCAGGAAGCACCAAAAACGCCUGCGCGCAAACAUAUACCAACCAAAGCUCUGCUUGAGUCUCCCGCAACACCCUGGGCACACCAGAAGACGUCACCCAUGAUGUCGAGCAGCAGCGCUCCAAAGCCUUAUACCGAAGCUAUCGCCCUUGCGCAACAAUUGGAAGAUUCCUUCAAACAUAAACAUGCAACUGUAUACUAUGGUAUCUUGCCCCCUUCUGUUGGGCUGAUCAACAAUACAAUGCUGCAUGCUGGACUGCCGCCUGUCAUCUUUCAAGAUGCUUACUACAGCAAUGAGAAAGAUGUUCCAGAGCGAGCACGGGAGUAUGCCGGAAGGGAGUUUAAGCUCCAGAGCACGACGUUACCUUACCUCCCACCUUUUGAUCCAACGGGAAAUUCUCCUGCAAACUUCGGGGAGUAUCCACCUAUCGUUCUGGACAAAGCCAAACAAGACGCCGAACACCGAACAAGAUCAUAUCGAUGUAGCCUACGACAUUGGGAAAUUUCGAAGCCUCCGCCGUCAUUUCAAGAAGUCAAAGAGUGGGUGCGCCAGGAGAAGCCCAAGAAGGUCAAGUCUAAACGAAAGAGUAAGCAAACGGACGCGCCUAAGGCACCACGCAAGACAGCCGUUUCAAAUUUCCUCUCGCAGAUUGAAGGCCCAACACAAAGGAACAAGCAUGGUUUCAAGUUCUCGCAGAAGAAGAAGUCAACCAGUGUCAAGCAUGAGACUCAAUACAUGAGUAUCUUGAGUCUAGAAGUGCAUGCUAACUCCCGAGGAUCACUGGUGCCGGAUCCUGCUGAGGAUCAGAUCCAGGCUGUAUUUUGGAAAGUCGAAGGCGAGGAAGAGAAUGCGACAACUGACCGUCCAAGUGCUGGGAUAUUAUGCCUCUCAACCGAUGAUGGUAUUGCCGAACGCAUUGCCAAGCAAGCUCCAGUUGAAGUGGAGUAUGAGGAAGACGAGUUGGAGCUCAUCAAUCGCAUAGUCGAUAUUGUUCGCCAGUUCGACCCGGACAUUCUCACUGGAUACGAGGUGCACAAUGGCUCUUGGGGCUACCUCAUAGAGCGUGCUCGGAUGAAGUUCGAGUAUGACUUGUGCGAUGAGAUCAGCAGGACGAAAUCGCUGUCGCGUGGCCGGUCCGGGAGGGAUGCAGACCGAUGGGGCUUUACUCAUACAUCGACUAUCCGGAUCACAGGCCGCCACAUGAUCAACAUCUGGAGAGCAAUGCGUGGAGAGCUCAACCUCCUGCAAUAUACUAUGGAAAAUGUCGCUUUCCAUCUGCUUCACAAGCGAAUUCCCCAUUACCAGCACUCUGAUUUGACAACUUGGUACACGAGUUCGAAACCAAGAGAUCUGGCAAAGGUUCUCAAUCACUUCCUCACACGCGUCCAAGUCAACCUCGAUAUUAUGGAAGUCAACGAUGUCGUUCCGCGUACCAGUGAACAAGCUCGCCUUCUGGGUGUCGACUUUUUCUCGGUCAUUUCGAGGGGUUCGCAGUACAAGGUCGAGUCUACAAUGUUUCGCAUUGCUAAGCCCGAAAACUUCAUCCUUGUAUCUCCGAGUCGGAAACAGGUCGGCCAGCAGAACGCUUUGGAGUGUUUGCCUCUCGUCAUGGAGCCACAGAGUGCGUUCUAUUCCAGUCCUCUACUAGUCUUGGACUUCCAGUCUCUAUACCCGAGUGUCAUGAUCGCGUACAACUACUGCUAUUCCACCUGUCUGGGACGCAUCGUGAGCUGGCGAGGAACAAACAAAAUGGGUUUCAUGGACUUCAAGCGUGAGCCACGAUUGUUAGAACUCGUCAAAGAUCAUGUCAACAUCGCGCCAAACGGUAUGAUGUACGUCAAACCCACUAUGCGCAAAUCCCUCCUAGCCAAAAUGCUCGGCGAGCUCCUGGAGACUCGUAUCAUGGUGAAAUCAGGCAUGAAGCAAGACAAAGACGAUAAACCUCUUCAGCAACUCCUCAACAACCGACAGCUCGCGUUGAAGCUGCUAGCUAAUGUUACCUACGGCUACACAUCCGCUUCCUUCUCCGGCCGCAUGCCAUGCUCCGAGAUCGCAGACUCCAUUGUCCAAACCGGGCGCGAGACACUCGAAAAGGCAAUAGCCCUCAUCCACGCCACAGAGAAAUGGGGCGCGGAAGUCGUCUACGGCGACACAGACAGCGUAUUCGUAUACCUCAAAGGCCGUACACGCGACCAGGCCUUCACCAUCGGCGAGGAGAUAGCCGCAGCCGUCACCGCCGCCAACCCCCGGCCCAUCAAGCUGAAAUUCGAAAAAGUCUACCACCCCUGCGUGCUGCUCGCCAAAAAGCGCUACGUCGGCUUCAAAUACGAGUACCGCGACCAAACCGAGCCCGAUUUCGACGCCAAAGGCAUAGAAACAGUGCGCCGAGACGGCACGCCAGCGGAGCAAAAAAUCGAAGAAAAAGCCCUCAAGAUACUAUUCCGCACCGCGGACCUCUCCCAAGUAAAAGCCUACUUCCAAGACCAAUGCGCAAAGAUAAUGCAAGGCCGCAUCUCCAUCCAAGACUUCCUCUUCGCCAAGGAAGUAAAACUAGGCAGCUACUCUGCCCACGCCGCGCCCCCGGGCGCCCUCAUAGCAACGAAGCGCAUGCUGGCCGACCCGCGCACAGAACCCCAGUACGGCGAGCGCGUGCCCUACGUCGUCAUCACGGGGGCCCCGGGCGCGCGCCUCAUCGACCGCUGCGUCGCCCCAGAGACACUACUAAGUAACGAACACCUCGAGCUCGACGCAGAGUACUACAUCUCGAAGAACCUCAUCCCGCCGCUCCAACGCAUUUUCAACCUCGUCGGCGCGAACGUGCGCGCCUGGUUCGACGAGAUGCCAAAGGUUAUGCGUAUGCGCAAUGUGGCUAUCCCCGUGGGCCUCAGGCUCGACGGAAACGCCAACGCCAACACGGCAGGCAAAACAAUGGAAUCCUACAUGCGCAGCUCCGCCUGCCUCGUCUGCCGCGCUAAACUUCCGCCCCCGCCCCCACAGUCCCACGCCCUCUCCCUAUAUCCUACUUCCAAUGAACCCAUACACCUCCCCCUCUGCACAGCCUGUCUGCGCCGACCGGCGCGCUCGCUCCUCGCGCUUAAAGACCGCAUUCAUAAAAGUGAGGUGCGCGCGAAGAACGUCGAUUUAGUCUGUCGGUCGUGUGCGGGGCUCGCGUGGGGAGAGGAGAUUAGGUGCGAUAGUCGGGAUUGUCCGGUGUUUUAUACGCGGACGAGGGAGAGGGCUAAGGUUGUGGGACUGAGGGAGGGGGUGGGGAGGGUGGUUGGGGAGCUGGAGAGGAGGGAGGAGGGGGAGGGGGAGGGUGGGCUUGUGUGGUGA